GUUUUGCUUAAAGGAAGAAUUCGUCUUCCAUGUCCAAGGCUCCAACGGCAGAGAAAGCAACUCUUUAAUUCUCUUUCCCAUCCGAAACAGAAACUCCGAUUGGCAAAUUCGAAAAGAAUCAAAUGAGCGAUAUAAUUUCUGGGGUUGAUACUCCAGUAACUGAAGCGAAAAGCGGCAGCGAUGGUGCUAAAGUUGCAGAGGUGAAAACUUGGCUCGCCUCUCAAUUUGAUGCCGCUGGAAAAGAGGUUCCUGAAUUUGAAUAUACUUCUCGAAGCAUAGCUCAUUUGUACAAUUUGGCUUCUGUUUCUCAAGCUAAGACGCAGGCUGCUAAUAUUCUCGCUAACGAUUUCCGCUUGAAGGCCACUGAGUAUCGUGCCCAAGCUGCAAGGAUUAGAGAGAUAUUGGAGGGUGUUGAAUUAGCACAAGAGGGUUUGCCUUCAAAUGUAGUUGGUUCAGCUCAAGUUCUUGCAAAUGUGGCAAACUUGUUGAACAUAAGAGAUACUGAACUAAGUAGUUUUCUUGUAGCAAUGGGGGAUAUUUCCUUAAGGAAGACUGGAGUAGAGGAAAAGAGAGCUAAAGCACAGAAGGAGUCUAAAAUUCUUCUUGAUUAUACUCGGAAGGCAAUAGCAAGGCUUACCUAUCUAAAAAGAACACUUGCACAACUUGAGGAUGAUGUAGCUCCCAGUGAAGCUCAAAUGGAAAACUGGAAGACAAAUUUGGCAAUUAUGGCAUCAAAGGAGCGUCAAUAUCUGCAGCAGUAUUCCAACUACAAGGCAGUUCUUAAUCGUGUGGGCUACACACCAGAGAUCAGCCAUGGAGUGCUUGUUGAAAUGGCUGAACACAGAAAAGAGUUGGAGAAGAAAACCAAGCCCAUCAUGGAUGCUUUAAGGAGUUACAAAGACUUGCCACCGGAUAAAACUUUAGCUGCUUUAGCAAUAGAGGAUAAGAAACGACAGUAUGCUGCUGCUGAAAAGUAUCUUGAAGAUGUAUUGCAGUCGGCCCUUGCCACUUCAGAUUAACACCAGAGCAUAAAAAUCGUCGUCGUAUUUCUGUAUUUAUUCCUGUACUUAAUUUUUGCUGUUGCAGAACUUAUGAAGGGGUUCUCUGUUUCUGGUUUUUUCUUUGUUGUUCAGCAAGUGUUUCAUUAAUGCAGUGUUAAGAGUGGAAUACAAAAAACAAAAUGUCGUAGUAUAUAUGUUCGACUUGUUUCCGUAAUACUUAAAAUUUUCCUUUUUUUUU